UAAAGCAAAACAUUCAUAAGGCGAAAUGAAACUACGAAUAGUGUAUAACUACGUUUAAAAAACGUGCUAUUAUUCCAAAAAUUGUAAAUAGAGAAGUUAUAAGAUAUUUUUGAUAUGAAAAUAAACGCAAAUUCUCGACUAGAUGGCUUAAAAGUAGUAUUAAUUCCUUAUAAUAAGGAUCACGUGCCGAAAUAUCACAAUUGGAUGGAAGAUGAAGAGUUGCGUGAGCAAACCGCCUCUGAAAGGUUAACCCUAGAGGAAGAGUAUCAAAUGCAAGAGUCAUGGAGAAAUGAUGCUGAUAAAUGCACAUUCAUUAUACUUGAUAAAGAUAUAUUUGAAAAAACUAAUAACGAUAUAGAUUCAAUGGUUGGUGACGUAAAUUUAUUCUUCAACGAUAUCGACGAUAGAAAUAGUGCAGAGGUAGAAGUAAUGAUUGCCGAAAGAAAUGUAAGAGGAAGAGGAUACGGAAAAGAAGCUGUUGUAUUGAUGCUUAUUUACGGAAUCAGAAGGCUAAAUGUAAGGAAAUACUCUGUUAAAAUUGGCCAAGAAAACGUUAAAAGUAUAAGACUAUUCGAAAAACUAGGAUUCGUAUUGGUUGGUAAGAGCGACGUUUUUAGGGAAGUCGAAUUACGUCUAGACGUUAAUAGCGAAAUGGAAAAUAUUUUGAAGGAAUUAUGUCAAUUAAAUCAUCUAUCGUGUGAACCAUCUUCCUUUAAAUAAAAUCUAAAUAAUGUUUA